CAGGUCACAUGGACAAUGGUGCUUGGGUGAUGUAACACACGGUAUACUUCACCUGCCAAAUGUUGAAAAUUUCAAAGCCCUCUACAUUGCAAUGAAAAUGAUAUAAAGAGUUGCAGACUGGUGAAUCUGUCGUAUCAAUAUCAGCUUUGCGCCUAGCGAGUUGGAAGCAUAGCCCUUCUUUCCGUGCCUUCAAAAUGGAACUACCCAUAAAAGCACUGGAUUGUAGAGAUACCGAAAUCCAUUACACAAUAAAAGCCAUGAACCUUUCCUACUGGUUAUCUCGGCGGUUUGAUGACUUCAAGUGGUUUUUGUGGAAAGAGGCAACUGCUAGUAAAUGCAUUUUAAAAAAAGUGAAUUGUGAAGCUAGACCUGGUGAAAUCUUGGCAAUUGCCGGUCCGAGUGGAGCUGGCAAGACAACAUUGUUGGAAGUGCUAGCAGGGAUGAUCCCACUGAGUAGACUUUCUGGUAAUGUUCUUGUAAAUAACGAAGCAAUGGAUCCCGGACACUUCCGAAGGGUAUCAGGUUAUGUCACACAAGACCAACUUCUCUUCCCGCUUCUAACAGUUGAAGAAACACUCAUGUAUAGCGCUCGUCUCAGGUUGCAUGAUGGGCAGCAGCACAACAAGGCUGCUUUCAGAGUAAAAGAGUUACUCAAGGAACUUGGACUAGAGGAAGUUGCCAAUGUUAGAAUUGGUGAGGAAUCUAAUCGUGGUAUUUCAGGUGGACAGAAACGUAGAGUAUCAAUCGGGGUCGACCUAGUUCAUGAUCCGACUGUUCUUUUGAUUGAUGAACCAACAUCAGGGUUGGACUCUGCAUCUGCCUUUCAUGUGGUAUCGUUGUUGAAAUCUAUGGCUACUAAACAAGGCAAAACAAUUGUUUUAACUGUCCAUCAACCUGGUUUCCGAAUUCUCGAGCUGUUUGAUCGAAUUUUGUUGUUAUCAAAUGGAACCGUUAUUCAUCAUGGGACCUUGCAUCUCCUCGAACAACGUCUCCAAUUUGCAGGUCAUUCCAUUCCUUGCCAUGUUAAUGUUUUGGAGUUUGCCAUUGAAGUGACACAAGAUUUGGUCGUAAGCACCGAAGAAAGUGAAGAUUGUGAAGAUAUUAGAAGAAAUCUUCAAUUCAGUAAUGUCAAAGAAAACAAUAUCUGUUAUGCCAAUCCUCUGUUCAUGGAGGUUCUGAUAUUAUGUCAGAGAUUUUCUAAUAACAUAUAUAGGACAAAACAGCUUUUCAUAGCAAGAACAAUACAAGCUCUAGCUGCUGGGAUUGUGCUUGGCACAAUAUUUAUGAACGCAGGUAAUGGUUCUAUGAGAUCUAAGCUACAAACUCAAAUUGGGUUUUUCGCCUUCAGUCUCACCUUCUUGCUCUCAUCCACAACGGAAGGCUUACCAAUUUAUCUACAAGAGAGAAGAAUUUUAAUGAAAGAAACCUCAAGGGGAGCUUAUAGAGUCUCUUCUUAUGUCAUAUCAAACACAAUGGUAUUCAUGCCUUUCCUGUUAUUUGUGGCUCUGCUGUACACCUUCCCUGUAUACUGGCUAGUAGGAUUGAGGAGGGAAAUCAAUGCUUUUCUUUACUUCUCAUUGGUGGUCUGGUUAGUGGUUCUAAUGUCAAAUUCAUUUGUAGCAUGUUUUAGUGCACUUGUUCCAAAUUUCAUCAUGGGAACAUCUUUGAUCGCCGGCCUCGUAGGAUCUUUUUUUCUAUUUUCAGGCUAUUUCAUAUCAAAAGAAGAUAUACCUAAGUAUUGGAUUUUCAUGCACUACUUGAGUUUGUUCAAGUAUCCCUUUGAGUGUUUUAUGUUAAAUGAGUAUGGAGGAGAGAAGGGUCAAAAGAGAUGCUUGAAGAUUGUCGAAGGGCAGUGUUAUCUCAAUGGUGAAGGGUUUUUGAAGCAGCAAGGUCUCAAUGAGUCACAGAAAUGGAGUAACAUUGUUGUCAUGUUGAGUUUCAUUGUUGGGUACAGAUUUUUAAGCAUUUUGCUUUUGAGUUACAGGUCCUGUAGAACAAAAUGUUGACUAGCUGCUUCUAUCCUGCUUUUCUAUUUCACAUUAUACAAA